AUGUCAAGGACCGACAAUAGUGCUAACGAGAAUCCCCUUCAGGAAGACUUAAAACUGUGCGGCGACAAAAUAAACCUAGAAGUAAGGCCUUUAAACAAACUAAGCACGGCUAGUUCGAAGUGUUCCUUGCUGACGAAAUGUUACUCAAGGCCAGCGUCAGCCCUGCCAAUUUUGAAUUUGGACGGUAAGGACGAAUUGGAAAACGAAUUAUUAAAAAGCAAGAGGCCCUUUUCAGCAGGAUAUGUUCCCAAACGGUGCAAAUAUUUUUCCAAGGAGUACUUUCAGAGCAGCCUAGAAAGUAUAGAGGACGAGGUUUUACCCUCAUCGGAUAUUUUGAAAAACAUGCUAGAAGAACCCGUAAAGUCCUGGAGAAAUUUCAAACCAUCCAAUUUCAUGGAAACAACAGAUAGCUCGGAUUUUACGCAGAGCAAGGAUAAUAUCUGCGAAGAGAGUAGUUCUGUGUCUUCCGAAGAGCUUCCACAGAAUAAAACAGAUGCAGCGAACGCCGGUGACAUGAAAGAGUUUAAGGAUUCUUUGGACAUGGUGCCUGGCCUAACUUCUAAGCCCCCUCUUCCCAAAAAACCGGACGCUUCCAUCAUCAACCAACGGAAAGAGUUCUAUUCUGACUGCGAAACGAAUAUCGACAAGGGUAUGGAUGCGAUAACAGCUUACCUCACCUUGAAAUACGAAGCUAACGCGAGGAGUGAAACACCUAAAAUUGAAAAUAGAGUAGACGACGAUUACUUCGAAAAACUAAUAAAAUGCAAAGGCCAGAACUUCAAAGGAGGCGACGUUGUGGCUGUCGAUUACACUUUAAACCACUCGGGAAAUGGUUGUGAACUUGCCGAUGAAAAUAAAAAUCCAAAGCCGCCGACACCUGUAGACAGUUGUCUUCAUAAAAGUGAUUUUCUGUAUCAAAACUGGGUGAACGAGGAGGAAGAGGUUAUCGAAAGAGAGUCGCAGACGGACAAGUAUCUUCAAGAGUUAAAGAAAGGUCACGCUUUCCUCGACACGAACUUAACAGAUAACUCUAAAAUCGUAGAAAAGUGCGUGUCGCCUUGGGGUAAAAUAGAAAGUAUGCCGAAUCUCUCCGACAUAGACAUAGACAGGCUGUUCGGGGAAGAGAAGAAUGUUAAGUCGGCGACAUUUUUCGAAGAAAACAAAGCAGUCGAAACGCGUAAAAGUCACGUCAAGAAAAAUACGAAACCCGGCCCUUUGAAACCGAAACCCAAGUUUGUGGCGAAGCCCAUGAAAGGCGGAGUGGACUUUAAAGCAAAAUCGAAGGAGAAAGAAAUCGAUUCCUGGAUGACGCAGACCGUGGUCAACCCAGAAAGUGGAAAAGAUAUCGAUCUGAAGAAGAAAAAAGCCAAUUAUUUUGACAUUUUAAGCAACCUGGAGGAGAUCGAGUGCCCUGUUGCUUCUAAUGAGGCCCACAGUAAACAAGAAAGUUCUCCACAGGAAAACGAAGGACGGGCCAGUGAUAAUGGAAGUUUCGACGAUAUCGUGUCUAUCUUAGAAGCUCUGGAAAAUGAGGACAAAAAGUCUCAGAUGAAAAUGGAGUCUGUAAAACAAAUGGUUCACAACACCCUACAGGAUGGAUAUUAUGAGAAAAGCGAUAAGCAUAUUAAAUCUGAACGGGGAUCUCCCAACACCCUGUGUGGGUCAAAUUCGAAAGAGGAAAACGUUCCUAUAAAGAUAGGCGGGGUUUAUAAAAACGCCGCAACUGCCGAUUGCAGUGGAACAGAUCACGGACAGACCAAAGAGAGAAGUGUAACAUUUUCGCCUCAUAUAAAUGAAGAUUUUCAAAGCGACCUUUCCGAAAAAGCGAGUAAUAAGUCUUCGAACUACAGCGAACUUCUUUCAUUUCUCGACGAAGUGGACAGGAACUGUUCAAAGUCCCUUCAAUCCGCAAAAGAGAGUGCACUGUUAGCUACGAAAAUGGUUCAGUCAUCUAUUAAGUUAGAGACGCUUCCAAAGCUCGAGGACCUCACCGCCCUGUCGGCCGAAGAACUGGCCCAGCAAAUAAUCGAGCUCAGCCUCCGCGUCAAAGACAAGAACUCCUCGAUAUCCCUCCUGCAGGACGAGCUCUCCGCCCUCCGGGAGCAGAUCAUGAAGCAGAACAAGCAGACGGAGCAGGUGGUGAAGCAGAAGCUCAGACAGCAGAAGGACGAGUACGAGGGAGUGGUCAAGCGUCACCAGAAGUUCAUAGACCAGCUCAUCGCUGACAAGAGGGCGCUGAACCAGCAGUGCGAGGGCCUCAUACAGGAGAUGAAGGUGCUAGAGGACAGGUACAACACCAAUACGAGGGCGGUGGAGCACAAGCACCAGGUGGAGAUGAGGAAGCUGAAGGAGAUGCAGGCGGCUGGGGAGAAGAUGCGGAGGGAGCGGUGGAUCGACACCAAGACCCAGAAAAUUAAGGAGUUGACGGUGAAGAGCAUCGAGCCAGAGAUCCACAACAUGGAGAAGCGCCAGCAGCAGGAAUUAGCGGACCUGCGGGCCUUGCACAAACGCGAAAUAGAGGAUUUGGAGUUGAAGGCCGCCAGGAAGAUGCAGCAGCAGUGCGAAUCUCUGCGGGAGCAGCUUGUAGAGGAGAGGGAGAAGGCUCUGGCUCACGAGCGAGAAGUCAUGAGGCAGAGGUAUGAAAAAUUGGUGGAAACCGAAGAGAAAGGCUACCAGGAGCAACGCAGAAGGCUGCUAGCGGAUCACGCGAACAGGAUAAAGGAGUGCGAAGAAAGAGAGGCAGUCGCUUUGGCAGAAAAGGACAGGGCAAUCAAGCAGUCUCAGGACGAAUUCGAGGACAGAUUGCAAGUCAUCAUCAGGAGGCACUCCAACGAGCUCAGGCUGCUGAAGGAGUCGUCGCAGCUCGAGUUCGAGACGUGGCAGAGCAACUUCAGGAAGCAGCAGGCCAUCGCCGUGGCGGAAAAGGAGGCCGUCAUCAGGGAGCAGUGCCGGAAGGAGAGGGACAGGGAGAUCGAGGCGGUCAUAGAACGGCUGGAGAGCGAGGCGAGCGAGAAUAAGACGCAAAUGGAGCAGUCCAUGGAGAACAGAAUCAGGAGGCUCAAGGAAAAGUACGAGAAGGAGAUAAAAGAGCUGGAGUUGUCGGAAAAGGAGGCUAAUGAGAAAUACUGCGAGGCCAAAUCGAAACUGCUGGACUGCGAGGAGACGGUUAUAAGUCUGCGGGCAGGCAUCAAGCAGCUGGAACACCAGGUCGGGGAGCACAAAGAGCUCUCGGACAAGCUGACCGAGGAGAGAACCAAUUUGAAGGAAGCCGUUAAGUUAGAGAUGAAAGAGGAGGUGCAGGCCUUGGAGAAGGAGGUGGCGCAGCUGAAAAACUCCAGGGAUAGAGACUUGCAACAGCUUUAUUCCAGGGUGAAAGUUUCCGUGGCGAGGAAGGACGAAAUCAUGAACGAAUUGCAGGCCGAGAACAAGGCCCUGCAGGAAAAAUGCCUCUACUUGGAGAAUAUGCUUGAGCAACAGAGAAGGGAGUAUCUGAUUAAGUGAAUAUUUUUAUUAAUUGUGUCUUUAUACGUAGAUAGAUAUUAGAUAAGUUUAUAUGUAUGUGUCUUUUUUUUCUUUUAAGUGUUCUACAAAAUGUGGU